AUGAACAGCGUUGGGGGCGACGUGGGGGGGCCCUGGCCCGACCUGGCUCCUCCGCCGGAGGCCGUUCACCUCUUUCACAGCUACGAGGAUCUCAAGGCCCAGCUGCUGCCCCUGAGAGACCCCGACCAACAGCAGCCAACGGACAAGUUUGUCUCCCCACUCGGUUCUCUGCAUGAGGCAGACGCCUUCGCACGAGAGUCCUCCCUCGCUGGAGCUGCAGCGUUGCUACCCCAAGGGUCCCGGAGCCUCCUUCAGCCUUUCUCCAAAAGCUUCAUCCACAGCCGAGACACUGCAGUCUCUCCUUCUCCGCCCAUUACUAGGGGCUCCCGCCGUGCUGCCUCCCGCAAAAAUGAGGGACCCAUGAGUGGCGAGGGCACGCCUGGCUCUGUCCUAGGCACUCCUCCUUUGGCUGAUACGCCGAAUGUUCCUUCUGAAAAUGCUCAGGAUCCGGAAGGAGUGAGUGGGCUUCUGGAGGGGAAUAGCAGCCAGUUGAACGAGGCAACAGCUCCCCGACACACACAGAGCAAUCCGCUCCCCAUCACCUCCCCCCUUGGUCACGAUGUGCCCACAGCUCAGCGGAGGACCCGCAGUAGCGAGACCUUCAGUGGUACCUUUGUGAAGAGCAGGAGCAGGAGAGACAGUGCGCUGGGUGGGCGCGAGCAGCACGAAGACAGUGCAGGCGGCACUGUCCCGCCAGAAGUUGAGUCCCUGCUGCUGAGGUUGCAGCAUCGCAGCUGCAGUACGGGGACAGCAGCUCCAUUCAGCUGGCGCCGAGCUAGGGAACGCGCGAGAGCGGUUGCUGCUGCUGCACGAAGCAGCAGUAGCAGCAGUUGCUUUGCAACGGAAGGCAACUGGAAGUUCGACGGCGACAUGUUAGUGCCCGGCGACUCAGAGAAAACUAAAGCUCUAAGGCAGGAGGCUCUCAAGAGAGUGCGGCAAAGGGCCAGAGAAGCGCGGGAGAGGCAGCAACAAGAGCUGCUGCAGCAGCAGCUAGAACAGGAGCAGCAGCACCAGCGUAGCCAACUCCUCAGUAAACAGUUACGGCAGCGCACGCUGCAGAGGAUCAGAGAAAAUGCCCUCAAACAAGAGGAAGAGAGGCAGCAGCAGGAGCUGCUACAGCAGCAGAUGAUGCGUCAAGCGGAGGCGCAGAGGCAAUAUUGCGCUCGACACCGCAAGGCCCUACAGCAGCGGCUACUGCAGCAGCAGCAAGAGAUUAAAGACAAGAUAAGAAUGCAUGCGGAGGAGAGCGUCAGCAGCGGCUACUGCAGCAGCAGCAAGAGAUUAAAGACAAGAUAA